AUGGGAGUUUUAUUAAAAUAUUAUCUUAUAACGGUCUUUAUAUCGCUGCCGCAGUGCUAUGGUAUCCGCCAUGAAGUCAGAAAAUUUCCAGAAGGAUUUCUUUUUGGAGCUUCUACAGCCGCGUAUCAAGUAGAAGGCGCUUGGAAUGAAGAUGCAUAUUUUAUCUAUGUUGUAGGAAGAACGGAAAGCAUUUGGGAUUAUUUGAGUCAUCAAACCCCCUGUACUAUUAAAGAUUGCGAUACAGGAGAUGUUGCAGAUAACUCUUAUUAUCUUUACAAAAGAGAUGUUGAAAUGAUAAGGGAACUGGGUCUUGACUUUUACAGAUUUUCACUUUCGUGGACAAGGAUUCUUCCAACAGGUUUUCCAGAUGUAAUUAACGAAGCUGGUGUACAGUAUUACAACAACUUAAUAGAUGAACUGCUAAAGUAUAAUAUAGAACCGAUGGUUACCCUUUAUCAUUGGGAUUUACCACAAAAACUUCAAGAGCUCGGAGGUUGGGCGAAUCCUAACAUCGUGGAUUGGUAUGCUGAUUUCGCGAAAAUAGCUUUUAGCCUCUUUGGCGAUAGAGUUCAAUAUUGGGUGACUAUUAAUGAGCCUUAUCAAAUCUGUCAUGAAGGAUACGGAUCCGAUGCUUUAGCACCAUUGUUAAAUAUCCACGGAGUUGCAGAAUAUUUGUGCGCAAAAAAUCUUUUGUUAGCUCAUGCUAAAGCAUAUCAUAUCUAUGAUGAUGAAUUUAGGUCUGCUCUCGGUGGCAAGAUUUUUAUUUCUAUAAGUGCUCGAUGGAAUGAACCGGAAGGAGAAGAACAUAUUGAAGCAGCUCACGAUGCAAACGCAUUCAAUUGGAUGCAAUACGCCCAUCCUAUAUUUUCGAAAUCUGGGGAUUUUCCGGAAAUAAUGAAGAAAAGAAUAGCGGCUAAGAGUGCAGAGCAAGGUUUUCUUAGAUCAAGACUGCCCGAGUUCACUCCAGAAGAAGUAUCAUACGUGAAGGGUACCUCCGACUUUUUUGGACUUAAUCAUUAUACCUGUGUGUAUGUCUACAGAAACUCCUCAGUAAAUGGAUUUUAUAAUGUACCAUCGCUUCAUGAUGAUACAGAGGUCAUGUCGUAUCAAUUAGAUGAGUGGAAACUGAGCGAAUCAAGUAAGACGAAGGCGGUGCCAUGGGGAUUUUAUAAUCUCUUAACGUCGAUAAAAGAGCAUUACGAUAAUGUCCCAGUUUUGAUAACUGAGAACGGAAUGGGUGGUGGCAGCGGGCUUGUUGAUGAUGACCGCAUCACGUACUACAGGCUUUAUUUAGCAGCGUUGCUUGAUGCAAUAGAUAAUGGAUCUGAUAUCAGAGGAUAUACCGCCUGGAGUCUAAUGGAUAACUUUGAAUGGUUACAAGGAUAUAGCAUUCGUUUUGGGUUGUAUGAAGUAGAUUAUAACAAUCCCAACCGCACACGCACACCAAGAAAGUCAGCUUAUGUCUACAAAGAAAUAGUGAGCACACGAAAGCUUGAUGUUCAUUUUGAGCCGGAUACUACAGUUCCCUUAUCUGUGAAUUGAAGUUUCAUUAGUAUAAUAACGGCUUUUAUAGCACUGCCACAGUGCUAUGCUAUUCGCCACGAAGUCAGAAAAUUCCCUGAAGGAUUUCUUUUUGGAGCUUCUACAGCUGCGUAUCAAGUAGAAGGCGCUUGGAAUGAAGAUGGAAGAUCGGAGAGCAUUUGGGAUUAUUUGAGCCAUCAAACCCCUUGUAGUAUUAAAAAUUGCGAUACCGGGGAUAUAGCUGUAAAUUCUUAUUAUCUUUAUAAAAAGGACGUUGAAAUGAUCAGAGAAUUGGGUCUAGACGUCUAUAGAUUUUCUCUUUCGUGGACAAGGAUUCUUCCAACAGGUUUUCCAGAUAUUAUUAAUGAAGCUGGUGUUCAGUAUUACAACAACUUAAUUGAUGAACUGCUAAAGUAUAACAUAGAACCCAUGGUAACUAUUUAUCAUUGGGAUUUGCCCCAAAAACUUCAAGAACUCGGUGGUUGGACGAACCCUAAUAUCGUGGAUUGGUAUGCCGAUUUCGCGAAAAUAGCUUUUAACCUCUUUGGCGAUAGAGUUAAAUAUUGGUGGAUGCAAUACGCUCAUCCGAUAUUUUCGAAAUCUGGUGAUUUUCCGGAAAUAAUGAAGAAAAGAGUAGCGGCUAAGAGUGCAGAGCAAGGUUUUCUUAGAUCAAGACUGCCCGAGUUCACUCCAGAAGAAGUAUCAUACGUGAAGGGUACCUCCGACUUUUUUGGACUAAACCAUUAUAUCUCAUUCUACAUUUACAGAAACUCUUCAGUAAAUGGUUUUCAUAACGUACCGUCCAUGUUUGAUGAUGCAGAAGUUGUGUCGUAUCAAUUGGACAAGUGGAAGUUGAGCGCGACCAGCACAACCAAGGCGGCGCCCUGGGGAUUUUAUAAUCUCUUAAUUUCCAUUAAAGAGCAUUAUGAUAACAUUCCUGUUUUAAUAACUGAGAACGGAAUGGGUGGUGGCAGCGGGCUUGUCGAUGAUGAUCGCAUCACGUACUACAGGCUUUAUUUAGCAGCGUUGCUUGAUGCAAUAGAUAAUGGAUCUGAUAUUAGAGGAUAUACCGCCUGGAGUCUGAUGGAUAACCUCGAAUGGUUACAUGGAUACAGCAUUCGUUACGGGUUGUAUGAAGUAGAUUAUAACAAUCCCAACCGCACACGCACACCAAGGAAGUCAGCUUAUGUCUACAAAGAAAUAGUGCGCACACGAAAGCUUGACUUUCAUUAUGAGCCGGAUACUUCUGUUCCCUUAUCUGUGAAUUGA